UCAAAUUGAAUUGAUUCAGAAGAGUGAUUCAGAAGAUUAUACAAGUUUACUAAAAACCUCACUCAUAAAUGACGCUAAACAGUCCUUUCCACGUAACUUAUGCCCUUGGGAUUCGGGAAAAAAAUAUGCAGAAGUGGUUUAUGAUGCUAUUACCGAACUUGUUAAUGAAAAGACAACCUCAGUUCGAAAAAGGCAACCCAACGUUUUAUCGCUUGGCUUUAGAGAGGUACCAUUUGAAUACGGUAAUACAGUAGUAUUCAAAAAUUCAUGCACAGAUUAUAUCAUACGUUUACCAGGAUUGGAAAAGCUUUACUCUAGGCUUGGUGAGAAAGCAAUGACUUAUUUAUUGAAGAAUACACCAAUAUUUAUUUUUCUUUCAAAUAAUUCUUAUCUUCAAGUAACUGGCAUUGCAAUUAGUGAAUUACCUAAACCGAAUAUUGAUUGUUCUUCAAAAAUCAAAUUGUUAUCUCAAAAAGUUUCUAAAAAAAUGCCCUCUCAUAAAGUUUUCGAAGGAACUACACCUCAAGAUAUGUAUAUGGACUUACUGGACCUGGAAAAUUUUGAUGAUAAGAAAUAUCCACCAAAA